AUGGAGGUUUUGUUGUGUAAAUCCAUCAACGGGGGAUCGGCGUUGUCCUACGUGGAAAUGUUCGAGCCCUCUUCGACCAACAUGCUCCUGUGGAGAUGCAAAUCCUGCGGCAAAGAAGUGACCAACAGAUGGCACCACUUCCACUCGCACACGUCACAGAGGUCCUUUUGUCCUUAUUGUCCUGCCACUUACAGCAGGAUCGACACGCUCAGGAGCCACGUCAGGACGAAGCACACCAUGUACUUGAACGCCAAGCAUCUGUUGUAA